AGUGGGCAUUUUAUACUAGGCUUUGCCUUGUCAUCUCUCUGUAUUAUUAUUUAUCUCUCAACAAUCAAGAAACCUCUCUCUCUCUGCACUCUCUUCUUCUUCUUCUUCUUCUUCUUCUUCUUCUCCUGUAUUCUUGAUAUAAUUCAUUAGGUUUUGUCCUUUUCUGUAGUUCUUCUUUCUCAUUUGGGUUAAAUUUAGUGAGGAAGAAGGGAAAAAGAAAGACAGAAAAAGGAAGAUGGGAAGACAACCAUGUUGUGACAAAGUUGGUUUGAAGAAAGGGCCAUGGACAGCUGAAGAAGAUAAGAAACUUAUCAACUUUAUCCUUACCAAUGGCCAAUGUUGCUGGAGAGCUGUUCCUAAGCUUGCAGGAUUGUUAAGGUGUGGAAAGAGUUGCAGGCUGAGAUGGACAAACUAUUUAAGGCCAGAUUUGAAGAGAGGUCUUUUAUCAGAAUAUGAAGAAAAAAUGGUCAUUGAUCUUCAUGCUCAACUUGGAAACAGAUGGUCUAAGAUUGCAUCUCAUCUGCCUGGAAGAACUGAUAAUGAAAUCAAGAAUCAUUGGAAUACCCACAUCAAGAAGAAGCUUAGAAAAAUGGGCAUUGACCCUCUUACCCACAAGCCACUCCCUACCACUGAAACACCAUCAUCACCAACAUCGCCACCACCACUGCCAUCUCAAGAGCAAAAACAAGAACAAGAAGUGGUGCAAGAACAGCAGCAAAAUAUGCAAUCUUUAACUUGUUCCAACAGUAAUACCAUGGCUGAAUUGGAACAGAACAAAGAAACUGAAACAUCUAUACAAUCAACAGUCACUGAAGAGGCCAAAGUAGAUCAUGAAGACAAAAGCACAUUUGAUACCAUGGAGAUAAUGAUCAAUGGUUUCUGCAUUGAUGAAGUUCCUUUAAUUGAACCUCAUGAAAUGUUGGUUCAUUGUGCAGCACCUUCUUCUUCAUCAACAACAGCAACAGCAACAGCAUCAACAUCUUCUUCUUCAUCAUCAUCAUCAUCAACAUCAUCAUCUUGUCAUGAUCCCUCAAACAAUAACAAUAACAAUAAUAAUAACUUGUUUGAAGAGUGGCAUUUUUCAGACUUUGAGUGGCCAAACAAUGAUAUUGACUUGUGGGGUGAUGAGUUAAGUAGUUGUUGGGAUUUGCUAAUGAAUGAUGCUGCUGCUGAUGAUACUGACAGAAAAUUACAAGCUGUUGAUCCUCCUCUCAAUCAGUGCCAAAGAAUGGAUUUUGAUCAAGAUUCUUGGACAUAUGGGAUCCUGUAAUUUGACACCCCAAAAAAGAAGAAAAGAAAUUAUUUUUUUUCUUUUUUUCCCCUUUUUUUAUUUUAUUAUUGGUGGGGCUUAUUUGUAGCUUCUUUAUUAGUUUCUACAGAGAAAGAAAAAUAAAAUAAAUUAUCAAGAAUCCGGGAAAACCCCAUCUUUGAUUUAGCCUUCUUCUCUUAAACCUUUCUCAUUUACUCCUUUUCUGGAGAAGAAUUAAUAAAGUGAAAAGAAAUCUCUUGUAUAUGAAUGAUUAUAUAUAUUUAUCAAGUUUUCUCA